AGUCGCGGGUCCGGCGUCUGAAGACAAGCAGGCGGAGCAGCGGCGCUGGAGGAGAGGAACUCUGCGGCCGGAUUGUAGUGUUGAACUGAGAACUGAGGUCUCCAAUUGAUGCCAAGAACAUCAAACGUGGAGUGACAUGGUGAAAUAACAACUAUUACAGAUUUUAGCUAGGUGCUACCUAUUUCUCUUGGACAGGCAGCAAAACUAGAGAAGGAGCACAGAAAAUCUGUAAAUGAAAACUUACAAGGUCAAGGACUGGGAGUUUAGCAGAGCAUCUGUUUCCUGUUAACUGAAUAUAGUGGCGGAGACGUGCAGUGUGUUAGAGGAAAAGUAAAUACAGGCAGACAGAGAAAAAUACCAGUGAACUGGGCUGCUCGUAAGGGGGAAGAGGAGAAGAAGGAAGAGUGAUAAAUUCUGUGGUGGAAAAAGAAAAGAAGAAAUACGUGUGACAGUCUGCAAGUGGUCAGAACAAAAAUGCCAAGAUGGCGGCACUGGCAAGUUGGACAACCGCCCUCUUCGCCGCUGUCACGUUGACAGCACUGCUGCAGCCCUCGGUAGCAAAGAGUUCCAGUGGGAAGACAAGCCUCCUGGAGAGCUCCGAGAACUUGCUCUUUGGACCGGCAGAUGCGGCGGGCAACCUGUUCAAGGUGGCGCUGACGCAGAAGAACUACAUACAGUUCCUGAAGUAUGAGGUGGACUUUCCGCCACUGGAAGACUUCGCCUUCUGCCUGUGGCUCAGGUCUACCAACUUCACCAACCCGCACCCCAUCUUCUCCUACUCACGCCACGAGACGGAGCCUCUGGUGCAAGCGUGGCUGGAGCCAGGCUCUGCGAUCAACGGCUUCACGGCGCAUGCGCGGCUGUCGCUGGUGGGAAUCCCCGUGUUCUCUGUGCCGCUGUCCGACCCGGCGCUGGGCCCGCAGCCCGGCGGCCUCUACCCCUGGCUGCACGUGUGCUACACGUGGGAGGGCCGGCUCGGCACGUGGCGCCUCUUUCUGCACGGACAGCUGGCAGGGCAGGGGCACGCACCAGCGCAGUUGAGGGGCCUGAAGCUGCCUCCGGGCGGCGACGUGGUGGUGGGGCAAGAGUACACGGACCAGGAGAAGGGCCUCGACGACGGCAUCGAGGGAGAGCUGUUCGGCUUCAACCUGCUGGCCACGCCCCCACAGCCAGCGCCCCGCUACCCUUUCAGGGGAUUCGCCCGGAGGAGGAGGGGGGCUGCACCUGAGGAUGGCGGCGGCGACAGCCCACUGCGCCGCCGCCGGCAGCCCUUCCCGUGGUACAGGCGGUACCCCUCCAGGCCUCCGGGCCGCAUCUCCAGCUCCAGCCGGGCGUUCCAGGCGGCUGCGGCGCGCCUCGUGCACUCAGGCUUCGAGCGGUGCGCGCAGGGCCGCGGUUCGAUCCCGGACGCGGGGCUGCCACUACUGGUGGCGUGGGCGCGCUCCCCGGUCAAGGUGUUCGGCGGUGCCGUCCUCCUUCCAGCCAGGCCCGUCUGCGGACACUUCUGAGGGACCGGAGACCAGCUGACACCCGAGAAACACUCUCAGAUUUGUACAGGUCCUUGCAUCGUGUGUCCAUCAAACAUCCAGCAAUAGACACGUGAGGAUCUCUACUGUCGACAAGAGAUCGGGUCUAUCGUUGGCAGAUGGAAGUAUCAGAGCACCACACUCCACGGAGACAAAUGUCGCUCUCAGUUUUCUAAUCCGCUAGUGGUCACUCGAGGAUACGGCAGGGUACUGAUCCCAGGACCAUGUCUCACAUUACGGGGUAAAACACUAUCUGCCACAAACUGUCUCCCACACGUCGGUACAGACUCAGGGUGUGAUGCUUGUUUGGUUCGGAUAUCACAGUUCGCAAGCGCAUUGUGCACGAAAAGCAUAGGUUCAGGACUCAUUCGUAUAACUUCAACACACACACACACACACACACACGCACACACGCACACAUACACAGGGUGGUCAGAAACGCUGAAACGCUUGUGAAGGUUUGGUUUGCGGUGUAGGUUGUACUGAGAAAUUAUUGUUCAGAAAAAAAUGGAUACGUUACACCGUCUCCGUGUUAAAUUAGCAUUGAAGUCACCCAGUCAGGCCUUUGACUGUCCACCAGACAGGGUGUCGCCAAACGUGUCCUUCGUUUAAAAUUCCAAAUAAAAAUCAUCACUGUUAACAGUCUGCAAGUGAUGAUCGAAGGGAUCGACGUGUUGAAAAGAAGUCUACGGAUACCAGAGUCACUUCGCUGGUACCUAUUUCGACUGUCAAGGGUCAAGGUGCCUGAAGAUGGCGUAAUAUAACGCUGAAACUCGCAGAACAAAUAAAAUAAAACUCGAAAUUUAGACGGCUGGAGGUAUUUCGAUUUGACAUUUUAUACUAAACAGUCGAGGCUCCGCGACCACCUUGUGUAUGAAGGUGGGCUUACAGAGACUGUUCUUCGUUUGGUUGGCCUAAAACCGAACAAGAGAGCGAUGAAAAAAUGGAAUACGGUACGGUAGUAGUAAUCGAACCGGAGACAAAGGAUGAGCAGUUUCGUGCGCUAUCAUCUACACUGUGAGAACAACUGACAUUAAUUCUACAUGGUGGGCCGCUUGAAUUCGCGCGCGCAACGCUAACCUCAGUUUUAAUUAACUCGGACAUGCUGCAACGUAUCAAAAUUUUUUUUCUUAACAUCUACAUGGAUACUCUGCAAAUCACAUUUAAGUGCCUGGCACACGAUUCACCGAACCUUCACAUUUCUCUAUUAUUCCAAUCUCGUAUAGCGCGCGGAAAGAACGAACACCUAAAUCUUUCCGUGCGAGCUCUGAUUUCUCUUAUUUUAUCGUGGUCAGCGUCAGCAAAAUAUUUUCGCAUUCGGAGGAGUAAGUUGGUGACCGAAAUUUCGUGAGAAGACUACACCACAACGAAGAAAACAUUUCUUUUAAUGAUGUGCACCCCAAAUCCUGUAUCAUUUCUGUGACACUCUCUCCCAUAUUUCGCGAUAAUACAAAACGUGCUGCCCUUCUUUGAACUUUUUCGAUGUACCCCGUCAGUGCUAUCUGGUAAGGAUCGCACAGCGCGCAGCAUUAUUCUAAAAGAGGACGGACAAGCGUAGUGUAGGCAGUCUCCUUAGUAGGUCUGUUACAUUUCCUAAGUGUCCUGCCGACAAAACGCAAUCUUUAGUCAGCCUUGCUCACGACCUUUUCUGUGUGUUCUCUCCGAUUCAAGCUGUUCGUAAUUGUAAUUCCUAGGUAUUUAGUUGAAUUUACGGCGUUUAGAUUUGACUGAUUUAUCGUGUAACCGAACUGUAACUGAUUUAUUUUAGCACUCAUGUGUAUGACCUGGCACUUUUCGGUAUUUAGGGUCAACUGGCAAUUUUCGCACCAUACAGAUAUCUUUUCUAAAUCGUUUUGUCAUUUGUUUUGAUCUUCUGAUGACUUUACCAGCCGAUAAACGACGGCGUCAUCUGCAAACAACCUAAGAUGCUGGCUGACAUUGUCUCGAAAAUCGUUUGUGUAGGUAAGGAACAGCAAAGGGCCUAUAACACUAACCUGGGGAACAAUUAUUUCUCAACACAAUGUACCCUACAAGACCCUCACAAGCUCUUCAGACUGUUUUGAUAACCCAGUAUCUAUGCGGUAAACAAAAUUGUUAGAGUGACUAUUCAAGAAAUCUAUAAUCGUGUUCCGUUUACAGGUCUACAACAGUACAACACCUUGUACGUCUUGAACGAUGGAUGGUAACAGCUUAGGAGAUGUACGGCAGAACGCUGAUGACUGGACAUGGAACACAUGGUCUGCCGGGAGAUCCUUUGGGUGACAACAGAAGUCAUCAACUGAUUCAGAUCUUGACCGUCUCACUUAACAACGUUGUAGCUACAGUCGCUCCAUUAGAAAAAUAAUACCUUCGCAUGGUUACCGCCACAUACUGUAAACGUCAAGGUGGAAAUAACUUCGUGGUGUAAGCAAGGUCGAAAUAAUCUGCAAGCCAACUAAAGCUGUAACAUUUACUUCCAGCGCAGGAAGCAUCGAUAUGAAGUCUUAACGCCAGAUAUAAUGACAACGCAUAACACAUAUCGACGAAAUAUUGACUCCUAUGUAAACUGCUUUUUUCCUAGUGUAAACUAUUAUUGUACAAUAUGACUUUUGUUAUCUGUUUAUUUAUGUAUCUGUUUGCACAGUCUUGUAUAUGUAUUAAAAAUUGCAUGCAAUGUCUUUUUAUGUAGCACAUAUAAUGUUAAAACUAGAAUAUAAAUUAAGUAAAAUAAACAGGUUUUUCUGUU